AUGACCACACUCGCCGAACUCUCUCCGAGGCUAUUAUUGUCAAUAUCCGACCAUCUUCCACUUGUUGAUUUUAUUUGCUUUUCCCUUUGCAAUCGUCGACUCCUUGCACUGUCUCUGAGACAAACAAACCGGCUGCCUCGCACAAAAGACGAUAACCUCUCCAUCUUGAUCCGGUUGGAAGGAGAUCUUCCACGGUACUUCGCUUGCGAUGUUUGCAACCUCAUUCAUCAGUAUGAUGGAUCUGAGACUUUUGGGCUCAGUGGAUUAGCUCAUGAAAGAACUUGCCAACUCUCAUGUGUGGGGGAGUGGUUUGGGAUGUCGUUCGUUAUGAGAACCCAUCCUGGCACCUAUUCAGCAAACCAUCUUUCUUUCCUCCAGCUAAAGAUUGCUAUGAGGAGGUUUUACUAUGGUCCCAGGUUUGGGAUCAGUACUGAUUCUCUAUCCGAUACACAAGUGCGCCACGCUAUACACGCAGACAGAAUCUCGCUAUUCUCAACGGAAGCACAAAUCUGUCCUGAGCCCCUUGGCCUUUGUAUCAGGAUGCCCGAUAUAAUGCUCGUUGGAACACCGAACAAUUUGAUUUAUUCGAUCUCUGCAUAUUGGGGUCCUCAAUGCAGGUAUGACCCAUGUCCACACACCCGCGCUGCUUCGUCGGCUGGACGGUUGUAUCCUCUUCCAUGCGAUCCUCACUCGGACCCAUGUCCACACAAUCUUCUUGUCGACCCGUCCUCACAUGACGGAGAGAAGGCCUCUUUCGCCCAUACCUGUCACGAGUGCAAUACGGAUACCCAGAUUGAAAUCAUUGAAUUUGACUCCAAAAUAGCUGUCAUCAUGAAAAGGUGGGUUAACCUGGGCCCUGGCCUUACGAAAGACGACCUAUUGUGGAGGAACCAUGUCCGGUUUGGACGACAUGAUGGAGAUGGCCCGAAACAGAGUGCUCGCAUGUGUUUUGAAGACAUGGCACCUCAAUCAUUCGAGGAUUUACGGUUCUCUUAA